CAGGUCAUUCUAAUCUGAAUCUUAUUAUUGAUUGUAUAGGGUCAGAAUCUGAUAAGAUUGACCUGAAAUCAAGAUUCUGUCAGAAAUGAUCUCAAGAUUGUCGACUUGUGCAAAACAUCAUUUAACUGAGAGUUAACUUUCUGACCAAUCACUUUCGUUUUAACUCAUUUAACUUUUGUAGUGUGAAGGUAGCCUGUGCCAAGAAAGUCAUAAAUAGCCAUCUGGAUCAAAUUUCGCAUGAUUAUCCUUUUAUUAAAGAGGAGAGCGCUCAACACGGAGCUUCAUCUGUUAGAUUUGUUAAAAAUCUUGCAUUGGUCCUUUUAUCUAAGUUAUUUUCAUCUAAGUAAAAGCACUAACUGCUCUUUAAUAUCAGGAGAAUGCUUCGUAAAAAUUCUUAAGUUCUCCAUUUAACUAAGUCUAGACUUAAGUAUAUAAAAUUAACACACGUAAGUGUACAAAACGAAGACUUAACUCAAGACUUAGUUAAAUCUAGCACUUAAGAAUUGUUAUGAAACAUCCUUCAGAAAAAGCAAGUAUUAUUUCACUUUUAUAUGGUUGUGUUUAUCUCUAGAUUUUACAGUUCUUUUUGAUAAAUAACUCAAAAAAUGUUGGCAAAGUUAGCCUCAAGAUCAAUGAUUAGUCGAAUGAAUCACAUUCGAUUAUUUUCAUCGGCUAAGAAUACGUCAACUGAUACUGCAAAAACGACAAAAACAAAAGGUGAAAAAUCGACUCACGAUAAUGCUCCUGGAUGGAAAGAAACGCAUGCAAGUCAAAGUGAAGCAACAACGAAAGCUGAUAAAUCGAAAAAUAAAUCAUCUGAACAAAUGCAAAAUGAAACAAUUAAAAAUGUUCAUGGUCAACAGAAGAAAGAAGAAAAUAAACCAAAAGUAUAA